AUGCUCCGUCGCCUGUCCGGUGCCCUCGCCGGCGGCCUCCGCCGCUCCCUCUCCACGGCCGCGUCGCGCCCGCGCCCGCCGUGGGCCCUCGUCCAGCUCACGUCGGUGGACGACUCAGGGGCGCCGGCGCCGGGCGCGUCCUUCCACCUCGACGAGCCCCCGUUCGUCACCAACCUCACCGUCCCCGCCCACUUCGUCCACCCUCGCCCCCUCCCCGACCCCAAGACCGGCAAGUACGGCUUCGUCUCCGGCCAAGUCGGCGCCAUAAGCAGCGACGGCUUCCUCCUGGUGCGCUUCUGGGAGGCCCGCUACGACAUCCCCGCCAUCGCCGGCGACGACGACGAAGAAUCCUCCCUAGCUUCCGCGCUGCUCGGCCUGUCCUUGGCCGAUAUGGACAUUAAUCCCGAAGGCUCGCGCUUCGUCUGCAACCCGCUCAGCGGCGAGCUGUACCGCCUCCCGGACCUCGACGGCACCAAGAGGACGACCAUGUACCACCACCUCGGCCUCCUCACCCAAGCGGAAGGCGGGCAAGGACCGCCUGCUAGGUACGCGGUGGCUGAGAUGUUCACUCUCGGAGACGGGAGCCAGGACGAGCGGGGAUUCGUCAUGCGCCGGUUUCUGUCCGAGACAGGGAAGUGGGAAAAGUUGGUGGGCUUGCCAUCCCCUUUGCCAGCAUCUGGGCGGCGGCGGAUGGCCAUCGGCAACGCCGUGGUUGCUUUCGGCGACCGGCUGUGGUGGCUCGACGAGAGCUGGGGCGCCGUCUCCGUGGAUCCUCUCAGCGACCGCCCGGAGCUCUGCUUCACCGAGCUGCCCAGAGGAAGCGUGCUGCCUGACCUGGAGGGCAUGGUGUUAACGAGGGAACUUGGCAGAUACCGGCGCAUGGGGGUCAGCGAGGGGAAGAUGCGAUACGUCGAGGUGUCCAAGGAGAAGCCUUUUGUGAUCAGUUCCUUCUCGCUCGACGACGGGGGCAGCUCCUGGACGCUCGACCAUGAGGUAGCAUUUCUUCACAUUUGGAUGGACGAGUGCAACCUGUUUGCACCCUUGAAGGAGAUGCCGGCGAUUGGGGCCAUUGACCCACUCAACUCCAAUGUGGUCUACCUCGUCUGCGGCGACCAGCUUCUUGGCGUGAACAUGGUUAACAAGAAGGUUACCGGCAGUUCUCGACUGGAUGUACCUGAAUUCCCCCUCCUACCGUGUGUGCUCCCAAAUUGGCUGGAAACAAGCCAAAUUCCUUAUGCAGGCCCCUCUUUUGUUGCCUGGUGCGAUACACAGGCUCGGCUGCAGGAGCAUCAUUCGCAGAAGAUCCUGGCCCUGGCUCCCCCUGCUGCUGCUGCGCCUGUGCAGAGGAUCGUGGUGGAGAAGCGCGCCCCUCCUGGCGACAUGAUGGCCCAAUGA